GCGGCACGAAGUCUUUUGGCUUGGUGUGGGAAUGUGCUGCACUGUCAUGCGAAGUUGGCCUCUAGCGGUUUUGUAUCGGAUGACGAAGCCGACUCGCAUGUCUUGCGUGAACAUCUGCUCACGGUACAGAAGGCCACAGAUCUGUUUUCCUCAUCUUCGAAUGAGGCUGAGAAGGGGGAUAAAAGAAGUGCAACUAGCAUCCGUAUGACUACGAGGCCGCAAGACCAAAAAGUUCAAGAGGACGAACUUUUAGCUGUAUCAACUUCAACAACGAGACAAAGUGAAAGUAGUAAUAUCGUCGUGGAGGCGCAGUGUUCAACACAAGACCUGAUGUUAUCAAGUGCUGCAACUGAACAACAGGCGGCGCCGGACUCGACUUCGGUCAAUGCCACGGAUAUAGAGGGAUUGAUUGAUGAAGUACCUCCACUGGUCCUG